AUGUCCGAUCCAAUCCUGGUGCAUCUGGUUCAGACUGGAAUUGACCUCCUGCUUACAGUCCGACACACCCCAGCCACUCUGCACAUGUUACACUUCCAUUUUCGUUUUGGAUGUAUCUUCUUUCCUCCCUUUCCAUGACACACCAAAUAUUUGUUUCACAUGGGCAAAGAGUAUUCCUGAUUCAGAUGUGGUGCAGUCUUCCACAACUGUGUUUCUCGUUCAAUGACAACACACUCCGUGGGGACACUUCAGAUUCUUUUAAGGAGUGCUCAUUUAAGUGAAUUUACACCAGUCCCUCCACCUGACCAAUGUGUGGUUCUAGCUGUAACUGUGAGAGGAGGAGAGAGACCCUACUCUUGCACUGAAGAUGGUUGUCAAAAAUCCUUUGCCACUCAGUAUAGUUUAAAAACUCAUAUGCACAGGCAUGACAAGACAGUUGAAGAGACUACCAGCCAAAGCUUAACCAUUUACCCUAAAAGUUCAGAAAAUUUAAUUUCAAGUCCAGCUGCUGAACUUAUUCCCAUUGCAAAUGACACUGCUUCCAGCCAUAUUAUACUUUCCACAGUACCACCUAGUGGAUUAACAAUUCCAGUCAGCCAGCAGCCAGAGCCCCUUGUCAAUUCUUCCAUCAUAAACUCUGCUGAAAUUCUUCCAACACCCAUCACAUCAAGCAGUAUCAUAAACCUUCCUCUAUCGAGUGUUAGAUUUGAAGGAGUUUCUUCUGGAAAUGUGACUGCUUAUGCAGUUAUCCCCAUGGGAAGCUUGGAGCUAGCUGCUUCAAACUCUAGUUUAACAACAGAAUUUCCUGUCAGCAACUUGUUAGUACCAGAAAACUCAAGUAUCAAAUCUCUCCAGCUAACAUAUCCAUCAGGACUUCAGGUCUUUGCUCCGUCCACUAGUGUGCCAGCAACCAAUUCCAGCCAGGAUGAUGAUGAUGAGUCUCCUCCCACAAAUGCAGAGUUUCAAGGGAAUUCUUCUGCAGUACUUGAAGUUGUAAAUGUCCAGCUUCAGACUGAAUUGGAUGAAGAAAACUCUGAAACCACUGUGGACAUCAUGUCAGCAGCUCAGGCAGAAAUAUGUAAUUGUGAACCAAAUAAGUGUAGAAGGGAAGAGCAUGGUUGCUGCUCUAGUUGUCCAGGAAAUGCAGAUAUCUGUGGUGAAGAAGAGAAACAAGACUUCACAGGAUCAGCUGUUGUGGACCAGGAAAAUGUCACAGGACCAAUAGUGGCCUUAGGAUGUUGUCCAGAAAAUGCAGACGUUUGUGGUGAGGAACAAACAGAGAGUUUUGCAGGAUCAAAUGAAGUUGCAAGUCAGGAAGAUGUGACCAGAUCUACAGUAGCCUUAACAUAUGAUGUUCCAGAAGUGAAGCAAUCUUCCUGCCAAACAUGUGACAUCAGAGGAGCUUGUUCAGCUUCUAGAAAUGUGACGUACCAGGAUGUGGGUGUCAACACUGAUCCACCAAUAGAUGCUUUUGAGCCUGUGUCAGUAGGGUCAGAAUUUAUUUCUAACCUUUCGGAAAUCUCUGUACCUGUAUCUGAAGAAGUUUUUGAUGGUAAUCUUGGCAUAGAAGCAGAGAAAGUAAGAGAUCAAGACAUUGUUGUUUUAGAGCAGGACUCUCCCAGCUCACAAGAAUACCCUAGCUUCAUUGGUAACUUCCCAGAUGUGACUGAAAACUGUAGAUUUGAAACUAUGCCAACCACUGAAACAGUCAUUCCCGCUCUGAAUAUGAACUCCUCUGUUCCACUGUAUAAUGGUUCUUCAGUCAGUACAGUCAACUCGGAAAUGGUAUUAGUAGACUACCAAUCAGGGCAACAAAAAGAUUAUAUCACAAUGGAGUUUGACUCUAAUUUGUUGAAUGAACUUCAGAGAUGAUGGAAAACCAAAUAAUAUUGUAAUCAAAGUAAGGACAGUGUCAUACCAAAAUUAAUACUACAGAAAUCUGUAUAGAUAUAUAUAUAUGUAUAUGUGUGUGUGUGUGUUUAUGUGUGCACAUCGUGUUCUUACAAUUGUGCAACACAAUCUUAUUGUUUAGUUUUAUUCAUGUGCUUGACCAAAUUCUUGUUGUUUAAUAUCAAAGUAAUCAAUUACAUUUGUGAUAUCUUGUUCCAUUUAUUAACUUCUUGAGUCAUAAGCAAAUGAGAAGUUUUGGUUUCAGGUAGUAGGUAUGUUAAGAACCAUGAUGUUCUGCUACCUUGAUAAUCUAGUAUUAAAUUAUCUUGUGUGUCAGGGUUUCAUUCUUUAAAAGAAAAAAGCUGUUUCCUCACAGUUAUAUGUUAAAAAGUUGCACUUCAUACAUGAUCAUGUUUCUGUCAGACUUAUGGUGUUUUACAUGGUUAUGUACAGAACUUGUGUUCUUCACUGGUGCAAUCUGUGUGUUAAGUGUUUAAUAUAUGUAUAAGUGAUAAGAACAAAUGGUUUCUUGAAUGUAUAGUUUUUAUUUACUCCAAUUUAGUGAGUGUUCAUAAUCAGGCAGUAAGCUUAGGUGCUAACACCAUUAAAAUAACUGAUUUUCAUUUUAGCCCACAUCAGCCACUGUAAUAUUACUUUAGAAAGAUAUGAAAGGGCUGUCCUGGUCCCCAAAUUUGUGAGUUUGUGUAAUGUUUUUUAUGUUUAAUUGAAUCAAGUUAUAUUAAUGAUUUAUAUGACAGAAACAAUGAAACAAGUUAUUUAUUUAAUCAGUACAUUUUAUAUCAACUGUUGUGCCAAAAUAUAGGGUUUAUUCAUGUAAAGUAAAUUGUACUUUACCUGGAAUGUAGCUACAAAACCAGAAAUAUUUAUAAUAUUGUUAAAAGCUUAGUCUGAACAACAAUUGGUAAUAACGUGCUGUAUGAAAGUGCAUGAUAACUGGAAGAUAACUUACAUCUUAUCAUAUUGUUGACAGACUGUAUUUGAUCUUUAAACCCAGUGAAAAGCUGUUGUCCAGACAAUUGUUGAUAAUAAAUUAGUUAUUUUUCAGAA